GGGAGCGGCCCGGGGCAACCAUGGCGGCGGCGGUGCUCGGCAGAGCCGCUCUGUGCUCGGCGCUGCGCGGAGCCAGGCAGCGCCAAGCCUUGCUGCGGCGAGGCUUCGCGGGGCUGGCGGUGGACGACACGGUGAAUGGGCUGAGCGACGAGCAGCGGCAGCUUAGACAGACCAUGACAAAGUUCUGUCAAGAGCAUUUGGCUCCAAAGGCCCAACAAAUUGACCAGGAGAAUGAAUUCAAAGGCAUGCGGGAGUUCUGGAAGAAACUUGGGGAACUGGGAGUUCUGGGGAUCACAGCUCCUGUGGAAUAUGGUGGCUCUGCUCUGGGCUAUCUGGACCACGUGCUGGUGAUGGAGGAAGUUUCCCGUGCAUCAGCAGCUGUUGGGCUUAGUUACGGAGCCCACUCAAACCUUUGUAUCAACCAGCUGGUGCGGAAUGGCAGUGAAGCCCAGAAAGAGAAGUACUUGCCCAAGCUCAUUAGUGGGGAGCACAUUGGAGCCUUAGCAAUGAGCGAGCCCAAUGCUGGGUCUGAUGUUGUGUCCAUGAAGCUGAAGGCAGACAAGAAAGGGGACUACUAUGUUUUGAAUGGGAACAAAUUUUGGAUCACCAAUGGGCCAGAUGCAGAUGUUCUCAUCGUUUAUGCCAAAACUGACCUUAAUGCCGUUCCAGCCUCCCAGGGGAUAACUGCUUUCAUUGUGGAGAAGGGAAUGCCCGGCUUUAGCACGGCACAGAAGCUUGAUAAGCUGGGAAUGAGAGGGUCUAACACCUGUGAAUUGAUCUUUGAGGACUGUAAGAUCCCUGCUGAAAAUAUCUUGGGGAAGCUGAGCAAAGGAGUCUACGUUCUGAUGAGCGGGUUGGACCUGGAGAGGCUCGUGCUGUCUGGUGGGCCGCUGGGGCUCAUGCAAGCUGUUCUUGACCAUGCAAUUCCAUAUUUACAUGUAAGAGAAGCAUUUGGACAGAGAAUUGGCCAUUUCCAGCUCAUGCAGGGCAAAAUGGCUGAUAUGUACACCCGGCUGAUGGCCUGUCGGCAGUACGUCUACAACGUGGCCAAAGCCUGCGACCAGGGCCACUUUAAUGCAAAGGACUGUGCUGGAGUGAUCCUCUUCUCAGCAGAGUGCGCUACCCAGGUGGCUCUGGAUGGGAUCCAAUGUCUCGGUGGGAACGGCUACAUCAACGACUACCCCAUGGGGCGCUUCCUGCGUGACGCCAAGCUCUACGAGAUCGGAGCUGGCACCAGCGAGGUGCGCAGGCUGGUCAUUGGCAGAGCCUUCAAUGCAGCCUUCAAGUAACCUCCAGCAGCGGCGGGGCAGCCCGCUGAGCACCACGAGGCCUUUCAUGUAGAGGUUGCAGCGCACAACUUUGUUCCUCCCGUGAUUCCUGUCUUGGUGCUUGUGGCGCCUGUCUGCUCUGUGAACAGAUGAAUCAGACUGCAGCAUAGAAGGAAAACGUAUUCGUUUUCUUCUUGUGAUCAGCCUGAUUCAUCCUGUCUGUAAGCCAUCCUAAAUCUCAGCACUGCCGAGCUGAGGUUCAUCCAUAGGACAUAUUGCAAUCCAAGCAGCUGUGUCAGCAUGGCUGGAACCAGGGGAAAGCCGUUGCUUGGGUUCAACACAGAGACUCAAUCUAAAAAAUGACCGUGGGAAUGAUUUUAGUUCUCUUUUUAAAAUGGUGUGCCAUUAAUAGCUAGCAGCUAGCAUGCUGCCACUGCAAAGAGAGAUUUCCCAUUGUGACCUUCCAAUGGGAUGAAUAACUUCUGUUUUGGGCAACGUGACAUCAACCGCAUUGUGGGGGCAGCCAUUUGGAAUGCUCGAGCAUCGUGGCUGCCCAACCAGUGUUUAAGGUGAUGAUUCUUAAGAUUUCAUUAAAGUGCCACAUCUGUUUCUGUGCAUACUUCCUUUCCUAGUCCCGCUGCUUCUCAAGGUAUUUCAGCGCAGCCCAAAGCCUCUGCCUCCCUGAUGGACCGCCUCCUGCUGUGUUAUUCAUCCACCAGUGUCGCCAUCCAUCAUUCCAGGAACAGUUAAAAUGUCAGACCUGUAUUGUGACAUCCAUGAAUGAGGCGGGCAGGAGGAGGCUGACUUUCGGGGUUGGGGUUAUUUGGUUUUUUUCUUGUUGUUGUUUUUUCUUCUUUUCCUUUUCCUUGAAGGCUGUUUUUUGGCAAAAGCAUGCAUUCACACUCUGCUGAGGGUUUGCUGAAGAAGUCGGAGGAGGAGCAGCAGUAUUUGUGGGUGUCCUCAGUGUACGUUACAUAGAGCACAUUGAAGUUUUGCCUUAUUAAAGAGAACUGCACUCUCUACUGCCAGCCUUCAAGGAUGAAUCACGCUGAAAGCUUGGAUGCUGUAAAUACAACAAAAGAAUGAAUUAAACAGCUGCCAUACAGGCAAACUCCCAGAAGUUUUAACAUAAAGAACUUAAAGCUUUUUGUAUUGUUAUUUUUUUGCUUGUAGUUUAUCUGUACAAGGUGGCCGUGAAUCUUUAAAUACUACAGCUUGAAAAGCCUGAAUUGGUCACCAAGCAUGUAGGAACACUGCAGAACUUGCCUGUAGGUGCAGCUUUCCACCCUCAGUAAAGUGGCAAAUCUCAUUCCAAAGGUGGUGGGAAACUUGUAUCAUACCUGCGUGUUCCUCGGCUCUUUAGUCUGGGGAUGAAUCACUGCACAUUUCCAUGAAGGCUCUCAGAAAGGCAUUGGAGCCAAAUCAUUGUGCUGUGAUCUAUCUCCAGCCGGAGGAGCUUCCCCCAGUCAAAGGUCAGAGUCACGUCAGGGUGUUUAAAACAAAACACAUACACUAAGCUGGAGGAGACGCACAGGUUUUUAAACCUGUCUUCUAUCACAGUAGAGGUCUAUUUUUUUUAUAUACAAACAAUAAAUAAUGUCUUCACUUUCCAGGCUGAUCAGCACC